UUGCAGAUUAUAAUUUUAUCCAAGUUUUUAUUACAUAAUUUCAUAAAAACUUUCUUUCCGGGAUUAAUAUUCGUACACUUACAUUUAUAUACAUACACAUAUGUAAUAUUAUACAUAAAUAAAUUCAUAAAGGGGUUUAUAUUUCGAAAAUAUGAAAUUUAUGAACUUUUGUUUUACACUUUUCCUUUUGCGCCAUAAUAUUUGCGUUUUAUUAUUAUUGCAUGAUUAUCAACUUGAAGAAUUAAAAUGUAGUAGGUAGAUAAUAUUUACCGAAACACAACCGAUACUGUUUCUCGUAGUGCUUAGUCAGCGCGCUUGAAGUAAACAAAACAACAUCGCAAUCCGGUUUCUUAUAAUUACCACCUUAUCCAUGUAUAUUUAGAAAGUUUCUACAUAAAUUGUAAGAACUGUGAAAUCCUUUGAACAAACGUUAGUGAGUUAUAUAUAAACCUACAGAAUCGACACAGCUGCAAUAAGUGACAAUGGAAACAGCAAUAAUGUUCAAACAUAAAAGAAACUGUGUUGAAUUUACAAUUAAUGGAGUCCUGCACUCUGUAUCAGAAUGUAUACCAAGUGACACUUCUCUUAAUGUCUACAUCCGCGAUUAUGUGAAACUCUGCGGUACAAAAGCAAUGUGCCAUGAAGGUGGCUGCGGAGUCUGCAUUGUCAGUGCGGAAAUCAAGGGCGAGACAAUGGCAGUGAAUUCUUGUCUUGUACCGAUAAUGAUCUGCGAUGGGUGGGCUAUUCGUACAAUUGAAAGUUUAGGUGACAGAAAAAAUGGUUAUCACACGAUUCAAGCUACGCUUGCAGACAAAAACGGUUCGCAAUGUGGAUACUGUUCUCCAGGCAUGGUGAUGAAUAUGUAUAGUCUUAUACAUGACAAAAAAUUGUCUAUGCAACAAAUUGAAAAUUCGUUCGGAGGAAAUAUUUGUCGAUGUACUGGAUAUCGUUCGAUUUUGGAUGCGUUCAAGGUAUUUGCUAAUGAUGCAUCUCCAUCAAUGGUGGAAAACAUUCAUGACAUUGAGGAGUUGUACAAGAUAAGAUGCCCAAAAUAUGGAAUGUCGUAUACAGACAUCUGUUGUGAUAAGCAACUUCCCUAUAGAAACGCAAUAUUGGAUAUAAAGUUAGCGGAUGCAGAAUUCUAUAAAGUUUACACGAUUGAUGAUUUAUUCACAAUAUUUCUAUGGAAACCGAAUACCACAUAUACAUUAAAUGGAGGAAAUACUGCGCAAGGUGUUUAUCGCUCAAAGAAAACAGAUCUCUACAUUGAUAUAAACGACAUCCCAGACUUGCGUCACAUCGAAAAAACCAAUCAGUACUUAGUCCUAGGCGGAAAUACAUCCCUUACAAAGGCGUUGCAGACCUUUCAAAAGUAUUCAACUGAACCAGGAUUUAAAUAUUUACGUCAUUUGGCUCACCACGUAGACCUGAUCGCACACAUACCCGUGCGAAACAUCGGCAGCAUUGCCGGCAAUCUGAUGAUCAAGCACGAGCACAACGAAUUCCCAUCCGAUGUGUGUUUAAUAUUAGAGACCGCCGGUACUGAAAUACAUGUUCUCGAGGGAUCCGGUAGCAAGCAGAGCGUGGACCUGUUGGAAUUUUUGAAACUCGACAUGUACCACAAAAUCAUCUACAGCGUUGUCUUGCCACCUCUGUCCGACGAGUACGAAUACAGAUCCUACAAGAUCAUGCCUAGGGCUCAGAACGCCCAUGCUCACGUCAACGCCGGCUUCCUCUUCAAGCUCUGUCCUAAAGGAACGGUGCUGGAGAGACCUAACAUUAUCUACGGAGGCAUCAACAAGAAUUUUUUGCACGCGACAAACACAGAGCUAAUGUUAAUCGGUAAAUCAAUCUUAGACAAUCAAGUGCUGAAGAUUGCUUUGAACACGUUGCAUGAUGAAUUGCAACCUGACCAUGUAUUGCCGGACUAUUCGCCGGAAUUCCGCAGGACUCUUGCCGAAGGAUUGUUCUAUAAAUUUGUGUUAAGUAUUAAGCCGGACAACGUAAAUCCCAGAUUUUAUAGCGGAGGUUUUUUGUUAGAACGAGGACUCUCUUCAGGUACGCAAGAUUACGAUACGGAUAAGAAGAUGUGGCCGGUAAAUGAGCCUGUAACGAAGUUAGAUGCCAUCAAACAGACAUCGGGCGAGGCACAAUAUUGCAAUGAUUUGCCCCCGUAUCCUAGAGAAGUGUUUUGCGCCUUCGUCCUUACGAAAGUUAGCAACGGUAAGAUUGACAGUAUAGACGCGAGCAAGGCGCUUUCUGUGAAGGGCGUAGUGGCAUUCUUCAGCGCCAAGGAUAUACCGGGAAAGAAUCUGUGCAUUUCGGCCGCCAGCAAGAUGCAGUUCUUAUCGGAGGAUGAAUUGUUGUUCGCCGAAAAGGAUGUUUUGUAUGCCGGUCAGCCGGUCGGCGUAAUCGUCGCGGAGACGCACAAGUUGGCGAACGAAGCCGCAAAAUUGGUAGAUAUUAAGUACAGCGAAUCUUUGAAAAUGAAACCGGUAAUAACCAUCGAAGACGCGCUUGCCACGGGGAACGACACUAGGAUCAAGCAAAGCGUCAACACUCCGGCGAAGAAGAAAGGAGGGAAUACUAAGCAGGUAAUAAAAGGCGUCUUUCAAUGCAACGGACAGUAUCAUUACACCAUGGAGACUCAAUCCUGCGUGUGCGUUCCCGUGGAGGAUGGCAUGGCAGUCUAUCCGUCAUCACAAUGGAUGGACCUCAUUCAAGUAUCGAUUGCGAAUUGCCUCAAUGUCAUGAAUAAUAGUAUCAAUGUAUAUAUAAGACGAAUUGGCGGUGCAUAUGGAUCGAAAAUCUCACGCAACUCGCAAAUCUCAUGUGCUUGCGCACUGGUAUGUUACAAAUUAAAUCGUCCAGCGCGAUUUGUCAUGACGAUCGAAAGCAAUAUGCAAUCGCAAGGCAAGAGAUACUCUACGCGUCAAGAAUAUGAGAUCGGUGUGGACGAUAAUGGAAUUAUCCAGUAUCUAAACUCGAAACAUUGGGGCAACUGCGGUUCCAGUUUCAACGAACCACAAGCUGCUAUGGUGGUUGUCUACAUGCAAAAUAGCUGUUAUGCGACCGAUAGUUGGACAUUCAAUGGAUUCGAGGUGCGAACCGAUAUACCAUCAAACACGCACUGUCGAUCACCAUCAUCCACGGAAGCAACAGCGAUGAUUGAAAAUGUAAUGGAGCACAUUGCGAAAGUAACGAAAAAAGAUCCCGUACAGAUCAGAUUGUCGAACAUGAACGACAUGGAUAAGACAGUGUUAGAACCUAUGAUAAAGGAUUUGUCAAAAUCAGCCGAUUACGAGAUGCGAAAGCGGGCCGUUGAGACAUUCAACAAGCAGAAUCGUUGGAAGAAAAAGGGAAUCGCCAUGGUGACGAUGAAGUAUCCGAUAUUUUAUUUAGGGCAAUUCAACGCAAUGGUGUCGGUCUGCGCUCGCGACGGUUCGGUUUGCGUGACGCAUGGCGGAAUCGAGGUCGGUCAAGGUAUAAAUACUAAGAUUGCUCAAAUAGCAGCUUACACCCUGGGAAUCGAUCUCAAAUUAAUCUCCGUUAAACGAAGCAACAAUUUAGCAACACCCAACAAUUCGAUUACGGGAGGUAACAUUACUACGGAAACCUGUGCAUAUGCAACUAUUCAAGCUUGCGAAGAAAUUUUAAAGAGACUCGAGCCAAUAAGAAAAGAAAUGAAUAAUCCAAGCUGGAAGGAUCUCGUUUUCACGGCGUAUCAACGGGACAUUGAUUUAUGCGCACGUUACAUGUUGGCGAGUCAGCAGCCUGAUAAGAUGAAGCCUUAUGGCAUUUACGGUGUCACUAUCGCCGAGGUGGAGAUCGAUGUACUAACCGGCCAGUGUAUUGUCAGAAGAGUCGAUUUGAUGGAAGAUGCUGGUCAAAGCUUGAAUCCGAAGAUCGAUGUCGGUCAGGUGCAGGGAGCUUUCGUGAUGGGAAUGGGAUAUUGGACUUCUGAGGACUUGGUGUACGAUCCUAAAACAGGAAUAUUAACGAAUGACAGAACGUGGAAUUAUAAGCCGCCAGGAGCAAAGGAUAUUCCUGAGGACUUCCGUGUGUUUUUACGCAAGAACUCGUUCAAUGCAGUUGGCAUCUUUGGUUCAAAAACAACUGGAGAACCACCGCUUUGCAUGAGUUGCGUAAUUCCAAUAGCGAUCCGCAAUGCGUUAAACUCUGCUAGAGCAGAAACGGGAAAUACGGAUGAGUGGUAUCAAUUAGAUGGACCCUGUACCACCGAACGUAUACUUUUAACCAGUUUAACCAACAAAGAUAACAUGAUGCUUUAAGAAGAAAAAUAAAAUUCAUUAUCAAAGCAACUGAUGGUUAAUAUAAUCGCUUUUUGAAUAAUUGAAAUAAACUUAGGGAUUCUAUAUAACAAGGCGCAAUUCAUAUAUGUUUUGUUGAUACAAAAAAUUUUCAGGAUAAUAACGGGACCAUAACAAUUCAAUUAGUUAACAGGCUUGUAACAUAAGGCACACAACUUUCCUUUUUAUGGUAAAUAAUUUCAAUAAAUAUUCUCUAUUAAACGCCAUUGAUGUGCUACAUAGUAAAUAUUACAACAACGUAUUUGCAGUGUGUAAUUGGCAUUAAUUAUAAUAUAAUAUAAAGUCGUAAAUAAUAACCGUAAAUAAUAAUUCAAUAUAAGUAUAUUACUUCUCUCGAGAGAAUCUACAGCGACGAUUAUUACCAUUAUAUACGCAGACAUCAAACGUUAAACAUUCGUUCGACAUCGUUUGCAUUAUUUGCACUUGAGGGUGGAUGAGGAAGGGUGUAAAAAAACGGAACGAAACGAGAUUAUGGCAUGCUAGAGGUUUGAUUCGCAAAAUUAAUUAAUUAACGUAUAACAUGUGCACCGAACCGUGCGUUUGCCGCGAAAUGGAGGAAAAACGCUUUCUGGAAUGUGUGUUCUUACCGCGGCGAUCCACUCACGCCAUUCUCAAGACGUCCCGUUCACUCACGACAUAACGUUACUUUAUGCUAUUCACCUUGCACUUCACGCAGAGUAAAAAAAAACAUGCCAAACUUAACUCGGCGCGCCUUAAUAAUUAAAAACUCUCGGAGCGCGCGUAUAACGAAUACACCGAACUCGAAGCAUAAAUAGCGAAUAUCGAAAACCGACGUAAUCUCGGGAGAGAGACCGAGUUUACAAUGCUUGCAACGUGGAAAUACAUGUCUCAUUGCGUUUCCCUAAGCACGAAUAAAGACGGAGAUCAUUCUCAGGCAAUUGCAACAGCAUCCGAAUUUUCCAAGAUUAGAUCGGUUUUUUUUUUCUUGCCGAUAAAUAAGUUCCGCGUAGCGAGAGCUUACUGCCUAUCGAUACUUGUCGUUUGCUCUCCGCAGUUUCCCUUGAUAACGCGCCACACAGGGAUGAGUAAGCGAAAAGACUCUUCAAACUGAACCCCUUCAACGCUCGGAAGCAAAAAAAAAUCAUAUGUCUCUUCUCGUAUAUAUAUCUCUCUUUAAUCCAAUAACGUCGCGAGCUAUCCCUAAACGCCGGGUACCCUAUAGAAAGUAGAACGGUCCCUUUCGUUAUUGUUUGAACGUAGGAUAAUGAUAUAAUUCGCGCUUGCCCUUGAUCAUCGCCAAGCACGUGUUUUGCGUGGUCGAACGUGAAAGCAGGCGGCUACGUGAUGACUACGGUCGUCCAACUCGGACGAGACAAUAGCGAGACAAAUCUCUCAAUGCAUGUUUCUACAGACAAUGCUGCAAAAAUAUCUUUUUACUUCUAAUUAGUCUCCGCUUGUGAGAUAAUCACGUUACAAAGUCAAUGUUGCAUACAUUGGAAAUACUACAACGAAUAACAAAGUCAAUCAGUGAUUGUUAACACUUCGAGAAUUAUGAGAUUUUCGAAUUAUGAGAUGCCAUUUUGAACGUUAGACUGAAUUAAAAAUGAUUUCUUUAAAUGACAAAUUAAAAAUUCUGUAGAAAUAAAUAAAUUUGUAAGACUUUUGUUUUUCAAACCCAGCAUCUAAUUAAAUUUUCGAUUAAAAUACAACUAAAGAUUAAUUAAAAUCCAAGAUUUCGUUAUUUAUUAUUUCUAUUUCUUUAAAGAUUAAUUCAUGAAAAAAAAAACCAUCGAUCAAUACUUGAUAAUUAAUACGUUACCAUUUUGAAACAACAAUAAUUUCUUUUAAUUUACUUUUUGUAGUCUGUGAAAAGAUACUCUUUCGUGAUUCUGGAAUUUAUGAAAUAUACAAAUUUAUUCAAAAAAAUAAAUAAUAUAAUAAUUUUGAAUUAUUAAUUAAGCUUUAAUUGUUAAUUUAUCAUUAAUUUAUAUUAAUUAAACUAUUUCGUAGAUUUAUUUCAGUCUCGUCCAAAUCGCGACUUUAAUCAUCACUCGAUUAUGCUUCGCAUGCUACACACGCACUGCAUUAAUUUAAUGUGUGUAUGUAGCACACAUAUGCCAUAUACAUAUAUAUAUAUAUAUGUAUGUAUAUACAUAUGUGUAUAUAUAUAUAAUCUUUACACUAUCUACGGAUCUCUACAUAUAUUCUUUCAUUUCAUUUUUUUCCUAUUACAGCGAAGACUAUGCUGAUUUGUGUUCGUAUCUUAUAAAGUUACACGUCACCAAAGAGAUAUCUGACACCACAAUCGCGGUUUACGAUUUCUUUUCACUCCUUUAUCACCCUCGACAUUUGUACAACGGCAAAGGCAUUGUCGGCUCGUAAUUGCGCGCUCACCCGGAUCGUUUUCUGCCCUGUUAUUAAAAUCGUAUUAAUCGGCAAUGUAACCGAAUAAGUAUAUAACAAUAGUACGUCACGCUGUAUUAUACGCACACGUAUAUCGUAAUGUAAUAUCGUUACGAAAUAGACGAGUUUCUGCUUCGGUGGCAAAUGUUCAUAUUCGCUUUUGACUCACCACUUGAUUUACAGCGUAAGUAAAUUCAAACAAUAAUCUUCUAUUUACAAUUAUUCACUCAAAGUUACAAUUAAAUUUCUAAGAAUUUAAUAGAUUUUUAAAAAAAGUAUAAUAAAAAAGUCUAACGUGAAAAGGAGAAAGAGAGAAAGGAGAAAAAACAAGGCAUAUAACGAAUUUGAUAACUUGUAUAUUACAUUACAGAAGAUUGCGCAAAAAUUAUAUAUAUAUAUAUAUAUAUAUAUUUAUAAAAUAAAUAUAAAUGUAUAUGACUUUACAGAUAAUUUUUGAAUCAAAAUGUUUAAUUUCGUUGAUCGAUUUUGCAAAUAAUCACGCAUACGCGCGUCUCAAAGUAAUUUUCUGAAUCGAAAUCACUGUCUCACCUCAUGAUUAAUGAUCUUUCUCUCUUCUCUUCUGUUCUCUUUAUAUAUAUUUAUAUAUAUACAUGCACAUGCAAGAGCAUAAAUGGAAUUAUGUUAAAACUAAAUAACAGCAAAAUCCUUUCGCGGAAAUUCUGAACUUUCUCGAUCUCUUUCUCCCAGGAGAAAACGAGAAGCGCGACAAGCCGUUCUUGGAGCAACAACAAGGCAUCUCUAUUAGAUUGCAAUGAAAAAAACUACGAUGUGGUGUCAAUUUUUUACUCUCUCUAUAUAUAUAUAUAUAUCUCUCUCUCACUCCCGGGAUACUAGCUCUCUGGUCGGCCGUUUUACUUUCGAUAAAUAAUUCCUUCCGUAAAUACUAAUAAUAUACAAUAUACAUUGUGUAUCCUUACACGACCGGGAGAUUUUAUCUAAACUGUACGGGCCGGUAAGAAGUUGCGACAAGAAUAUCUUUCUAGUUUACAGCGAAAGAGAUAGAAUAUUGUUGGAUUAUCUCGCCUCCAUACUUUCCUAUAAUACGAUAAUAAUAUAUACGUAAUAUUGUCCUGUUGCGCUUGGUCGUCGGUAGCUUUAGACGCGAUGUAGAUUUAAAACGGGAAAAAGAUAAAGAGGCGAAUAAUCGAGAGCAAUAUUAUACAAAAAAGACAAAGCGAGUAAGAGAUAUUUCAAUUAUUAGAACAUUUCAUUUCGAUAUACGAAUGACUGUACGAGAUAAGCGAAGAAUAUCGUGCGUCUUUCAAAGAUAAAAACAGUAAAUUAGAUUAAGCUUGCAAAGCCAGCGUGCGUUGAAAUCAGAAUGCACGUGUUCUAAUUUUUUCAAGAUAUUUAAAUUCCAUUACUAAAAAAACAUUUUCUAAAUAUAUUUGUGACAAAACCGACGCACAAAUUCUUAAUUCGAUAAAUAAUUUAGUGACAAUACAUUAACAACACGAUAAUAUUACGUUCUAAUAUUUAAUGAUAUUAAUAUUAACAUUGAUACUAAUCGCAUCGACUCGCGUCGCCGUUCUAGAGCUACCGGCGACCCUUGAAAAACUCGCGCGAAGAUCUCUGGCGGUCGAAGCUCGACUCAUAGCUACCGAUUUUACAGACUAACUGUCCCCACGGCGGCGGCCGGUUAACGUUCAGAGAAGAUCCUAUACGUUCACGUUAUAUUAUACAAAAAUACAUCCCGACUACGCGAAGUGUAAAAUUAAUCGAAAGAGCGGACAAACAAAAAACGGAAAUGUACAUUGAAGGAAAAGGGAAGCGAUUCGUUGAUACCAUGCCUGAGGAUAUAUCUGACCGCUUCCUCCGCCUCGCAUCUGCAUCUGCAUCCGCCUGAGUGACGCUACUUUUUUUUUCUCUCAUUUCACACACAAACCGACUUUACAGAAAUAUAAUUCGUUCCUUUCGACCACACUCGAAAAACUUUCUCUCGAUUAUCCUAUCAAUAUAUGUAUACAUUUAAACUAUUUAUACUCAUCGAUAUACGUACGCGUUGGCGGAACUGAAGAUAUCGACACGAGGAGAAUGAAAAAGUGAUUGAUAUUCUUGAAAUUAGAUUCUUAAAAAAAAAAA